AUGUCCGAUCAACCAGCAUCAUCCAACAAUAACAAGGAGAAGAAAUCCAAACCAGCAAAGCAACAACAACAAGGUUCUUCUUCUGGUCUCAAACAAAACGAAGGUAUUGAUGUCAAGAAGCAAGAAAACUUUAGCGAAUGGUACAGCCAAGUCAUCACCAAGAGUGAAUUCUUGGAUUACUAUGAUGUGAGUGGAUGUUAUAUUUUCAGACCAAAUUGUUGGUUUGUUUGGGAGUCUGUUCAAAAGUUCUUUGAUGCAGAAAUUAAAAAGUUGGGUGUUCAAAAUGUCAUGUUUCCAUUGUUUGUUACCAAGAGAGCUUUGGAAACUGAGAAGGACCACGUUGAAGGCUUCUCUCCAGAAGUUGCUUGGGUCACCAAGUCCGGUAAUUCGGAUCUUCAAGAACCAAUUGCUUUGAGACCAACAAGUGAAACCAUCAUGUAUCCAUCGUAUGCCAAGUGGAUUCAAUCUCACAGAGAUUUGCCAUUAAAAUUGAACCAAUGGACAAACGUUGUUAGAUGGGAAUUUAAACAUGCUGUUCCUUUCAUUAGAUCCAGAGAAUUCUACUGGCAAGAAGGUCACAGUGCUUUCAAAUCAAAGGAAGAAGCUGAUGAAGAAGUUUUUACUAUUUUGGAGUUAUAUAAAAGAGUUUACGAAGAAUUGUUGGCUGUUCCAGUCAUCAAGGGUACCAAGACUGAAAAUGAAAAGUUUGCUGGAGCCGACUACACAACUACUGUGGAAACUUUCAUUGCUACAAACGGAAGAGCAGUACAAGGAGGUACAAGCCAUCACUUGGGACAAAAUUUCUCAAAGAUGUUCAAGAUUCAAUUCGAAGCUGAAAACAAGGAGACACAAUUUGCUUACCAAAAUUCAUGGGGCUUGUCAACUCGUACUCUCGGUGUCAUGAUUAUGGUUCACGGAGAUGACAAGGGUAUGGUUUUACCACCAAGAGUUGCUUUCUGCCAAGUUGUCGUUAUUCCACUCAUCUUCAAGGACAAGGAUAACGCCACUUUGGUAGAAAAGACCAAGGAAAUUUAUAAUGAGCUUGAAAAGGCUGGAAUUCGUGUCAAGUUGGAUGAUCGUUUGGAGAGAACUCCAGGUUGGAAAUACAAUUAUUGGGAACUCCGUGGUGUUCCAUUGCGUAUUGAAGUUGGACCAAAGGAUUUGGAAAAGCAACAAAUUAUGUUCUGUAGAAGAGACACAGGAGAAAAGUGGACCAUGCCACUCAGUGAAUUUUCUGGUGAUUCCAUUAAGGCCGUUCUUGAUAAAAUUCAUGACUCCAUGUUGAACAAGGCCAGAAAGGAAAUGAAUGAAAGAAUUGUAGUGACAAGAACAUGGCCAGAGUUCAUCAAGGCACUCAACUCUGGAAAUAUGUGUCUUAUUCCUUGGCAUGAAAGCAAGGCAGCAGAGGAAUAUAUUAAGGAAAAGUCAAAGUUGGAAAGUGUCCAAAGUCAAUCUGAUGCCAACACAGGUUUAACAGGAGCUGCCAAAUCAUUGUGUGUCCCUCUCGACCAAUCUUCCUUCCCAUCAUUGGAAGGUCUUGAGAACUUUUAUCCUGAAGAAGCUCACAAGAAGCCAAAUUGUUGGGCUUUGUUCGGUAGAAGUUAUUAG